GGCUGAGGUCCUUGAGUUGUUUCUUGACAUAAUUUGCCAAUUCUCAUGUCCUCUACUGAAGAAACCCUUUAGCAUGAUGGAACCCUUUACCAGCUCCCUUCAUUCUACUUCAGAUAUGUUGAUGACACACUCACCAUAAUUCUUGAUGUACCAACAGCAACUGAUUUCCAAUGCACUCUUAAUAAUGUCCACACUUUGAUCAGAUUCACUGUGGAGGUAGGAAAGAACAGCAUGCUUCCUUUUCUUGGCACUCAACUACUCAACCAUAAUUGCAGCCUGAGUGAAAAGCAAUGUUUAUGUAAAACCAACUAAAACAGGUCUACUAUUACACUAUCAAAGCCAUGUAGACAAUUGUUACAAACAAAGCUUACGGACAACCAUGCUUGAUCACACACACCAAUUAUCUUCCUCUUGGACAUAUUUCUCUGAUGAGUGUGAUUGCCUAAAGAAAUUUUUUUCAAGACUUAAAUACCCAAAAUGUCUGAUUAAUUCCACCAUCAACAAUUUUGUUCAUUCAAGAGUAGCAGACCAACACUCCUCACAGGUGCUAAAAGAACAGAGGGCCAUUGUUCCGGUGUUCAUACCAAUCAAGGACCAAGAAUCAGCAAAUUAUGUCAAGAAACAGCUCAAGGACCUCAGCCUACAAGUACAAACAACUGUCCAACCCGUGUUUGUUAGCUGUAAAAUUAACCGACACCUAAAAGUGGAAGAGAAAAAGCCACAGAUUGUAGGCCAACAAUGUGUUGUUUAUCGUUUUCAAUGUGACUUGUGUGAUGCAGGUUAUGUGGGCUAUACGCAUGUACACUUACAUGUACAUGUGGUUGGACAUAAACAAUGGUCAUCUUCUUUAUAUAAACAGUACCAAGACAAACAUGGCAUGGUCUCUGAAGACCUACUGAGGCACUUUUAUGUUUUAAAGAAAUGUAAAAAUAUAUUUGAUUGCUUAGUGCAUGAGAUGUUAUUCAUCAGAGAACUAGAAGCAACUCUGAAUGUGCAAUUGGACUCAAUCCAUGUUAAAGUAUUUCUGUUAUUAAAUCUUGCAUUCUUUAUCAUGUAAAUUUACUGGAGUUGUCAAUACUCACAGAAUUCAUUACCCUAACAUUUACCUUGACAAUGGCAUCAUGAAGACCCUGGAAUGCUGGUUCAU